UGCAUAGUUGUCCCAUCACGUUCCACCUCAGCCUAGAUUCCUCCUCACCCUGACUUACUUUCUGGCGACCGCAGCUGUACGGACAGCGAAGCAGGCUCAACUAGUCACGUUCAUAGUACUGAAAUCAUACUCCUGAAGCAGGGUAGCUAUGGUCAGAUUGAACGGCGCUGCAUAGUAUUUUUCAAAUGACCUCCCUGGGACGGCCAAGCUGCGUUCUUGCUCAACGAAGCUGAAGCGAGGAGCCGAGAACGGGGUCAUGCGACUAAGUUACGGCUUACGAUGCUAAUACAGAAGCAUCGAGAGCGCAUUUAAAGUGCGACUAAUCGUGACUUCGCGGUUCCCUGCUGGCCCUGCUGGCGGUCGCGAUCAUUUGUUCCAUACCCAAUUUUCCAGAGAUAAGUCGCGGCCAUUUCUCCGUAGGCAUUAAGCUUCAAGCGAUCGCAUAGCGCAGAGACGAGAGACGUGGAUUUGUCGUUUGGGUUAGGACUUAUGGAGGCCGAUUCGAAGGAGAGGCUAGGAAGUGAAGUUAGUGAAGACGAAAUUCCUCUGGAAGACAGAAACGCGUUCAAGGCUCACUCGGAGUAUCUCGCGAGGCGGCAUUAUCAACAGCGGACGGCCUGGAGGCAAAUAGUCACGUGGGUGAACAGCAAGAUUACCCUGUAUAAUGUGACCUUUGGCCUCUACAUCCUGGAUUGGUGGGAGGUUCUCCUAGUCAACACCGUCGGAGCGCUCAUCCUCUGCUUCCUGCUCUACCACUUGUGUCUCCUGAUCAUCACAACCAUUACGACCGUUGCUUCCUUGCUGUCGUAGUUUGCUCGACUACAAUAAGGUUAUGCAGUGGCAACCACAGUCCUCAUUGGGAACGGAGCAGCUUAUCAUUGCCCCUAUCGUUUAGACCUCUUCUACUGGGGCUUUUGCCCCCCCCCCUUCUCACUUCUAUAAGGGCAUGUCUAACUCGUACGUUCACAGUGUACCACCUUGUACCACGGUGUAAUAGGGUAUCGCACCGCGGAGAAUGGUUUUCACGCUUCUCCUUUUUUUGGAGCGUUAUGCGAUAAUUCGCCCAAA